UUUUAAUUCAAGAAUUCUUAUAUUUUUAUUUUAGUUAUAUUCAAUUUAGUUAAAGGCUAUAUAAAGGAAGAUAUGGAGAUAGUUUUUAGCAUUGUGCAAACUUGUAGCAAAGAGGUCUAUUGUAUUAUAUCAACUAUAACAUCAUCAAUCCUUCUCUAGCAACAUGGGUUCUACUCCUUCCAUUAAAGGCACUAUCGGUGAGCUUCAGAAGGAAUCCUACAUUCCUUUACUGGCCAAGCUCAUUGGCGAGGCGGAGUCCGUUCAGAACAACCCCCCCGACGGUCUGAUUCCUAUAGAGGAUAACGUCGGUCGUCACGUCCUUGAUGCUCUCAAUCCUUACAGCACUAACAAUGGCGGACCCUUGAUCAUCAAGCGGGUCAGCUAUGACGACAAGGAUGAACGUGGACAUUUGAUUAUCACCUAUCCAGGAACUGAUUCGAAAAAGGUUAUCUCCUUCGUUGGAAGUCACAUGGACGUCGUCCCUGCAAAUGCACAUGACGAUAGUUGGAAAUUUGAUCCAUUCUCAUUGAGUAUUGAAGGUGAUAAACUUCGAGGUCGAGGAACAACAGAUUGUUUGGGACAUGUUGCUCUAUUAACAGAACUGAUGAAGAAGAUUGCACAAACUAAACUGAAUUUGAAGUCAUCUAUUGUUGUUAUAUUCAUUGUCUCUGAAGAAAACAAUUCAAUCCAAGACAUUGGAGUUGAACAGCUUUAUGCUGAUGGAUACUUCGAUAAUUUAAAAGGAGGACCUUUAUAUUGGAUUGACACAGCAGAUUCACAACCUUGUAUUGGAACUGGUGGUUCAAUUCCUUGGACAAUCACCACAACUGGAAAACUUUUCCAUAGUGGUUUGCCAAACAACGCUAUUAAUGCUCUGGAGUUAGCUAUGGAUGCUCUUAAACCACUUCAAUUAAAGUUUUAUGAAGAUUUUCCUGUUCAUCCCAGAGAGGUAGAAUAUGGAUUUGAAACUCCAUCAACUAUGAAACCAACCCAAUGGAGCUAUCCAGAAGGUAGCGUUAAUCAAAUUCCUGGAGAAUGUAUCAUUGCAGGGGAUAUAAGGUUAACUCCCUUCUACGAAGUGAGUGAUGUUAUAAGCAAAAUUGAAGAGUAUAUUGCGUACACCAAUGCACAUGUGGAGGAACUUGAAUCAAGGGGUCCUGUUUCAAAGUAUACCUUACCAGAUGGCACCAGGGGAAUUCUUAAGGUAGAAUUUGGAAACCCAAUAUCAGGAAUUGCAUGUGAUGUUCAUUCUAUUGGCUUUAAAAUUUUAGCCCAAGCAACCAUGGACGUUUUAGGAGAGGUCAAACCUUUCUCCAUUACAGGAAGUUUGCCACUUGUUAAAAAACUUCAGGAACACGGCUACGAUGUUCAAACUGUUGGCUAUGGUUUAACAGAUACAUACCAUGCAGAUAAUGAAUAUUGUAACUUUAGUGAUAUGGCCAAUGGCUACAAGGUUUUUGCCAGAAUCAUCUCUCAAUUUGAAGAUGUGUGAUCUUAACUUCAUUAUGAACAUUCACUUAUUAUAUAUUAUUAUGCCAUAAAGUCUCUGCAGAAAUCAUAUAUAUAUUGUUUGUACUAAUAAAUAAAUUUAUCUGCAGAAAAGAACGAUGAUAAUAUAUAUGCUUUAUGUA